UUUCUCCUCCUAUGACGAUAUGAGCCUAAAGCGCAGGGUGACCUGUCCGCUCGUUCGCUCCAAGUCCUUUCACUUGUCCUCUACAGAAGUAGGUCCCGAUGACUUGUACAUUGUAGAACCUCUAAGGUUUUCUCCAGAGAAAAAGAAAAAGCGUUGCAAGUCAAAGUCUUUGGACAAGGUUGACAUUCUGAAGCUGGCCGACCCCUGUGCUCCUCUCACAAACGGGACUCUGAACUGCAACGGCUUCCAACCUUGCCCCCCUUCCCCCCCUCCUCCACCACCACCACCACCCCCCCCUCCCUCCUCCUCCUCCUCCUCCUUCCCCUCCUUCCCUUCCACCACCUCCUUCUUCCUCUGCGGAGGAGGCGUCGUCACUGCCCACCUGCACCUCCUCAGAGACCAGCAGCUGCAGCUCGUCCACCCACUCUGAGGAGUCCUACACGAGCCGCCUCCCCCCCCCCUCCCCCAUCCGCUCCUCCACAGACCUGUGCAAUGGACACAGCCUGCCUUUCUCCCUCCAGCCGUCUCCCACCAAGUCCCGGCAGGACAAGCGCUCGAUGAAGAGGAGGAAGUCCCGGCAGACGGAGCUGCAGUUCCCUGCCCUGCGUGGGGGGGGCGUGGGUUCUCUGCCCAGCCUGCAGCAGCUCAUGAAGGGAAACAAGGAGAUCAGUGUUGGACCAUCGGGUUGACAGCAAUCACCGGACAUGUCUGAAAGCCCACACUUUAACACAACUUUCUACUCACAACACACACACACUAUGUGGUGGCAGAUCUAUGAGGAGAUGAGGUACUUACUGCAUCCCAAAGAACCACAUUUCCCAUGAGCACCCAGGCGCACCGUGGAACUGAAAUGGCUGUGGCAGCAGAAGCUCCACAACAACCAGUCCUUAACCACUCCUGUCAAAGAGCUGUUUACGGUUAUGUGCCUUUAUAUCUGUUCUAGACAUUUUAAAGCUAAAAAUAUUAAAUGUAAAGAAUUGUGAAAGCGGACGAGAGAGAAACUGCAGUGGGGAGGGAAACAUUUAAUCCAGUCAAAUCCAUUGAAGUGUGUUCAAGGUGUUUUCUCUUCUUGAUAAGCACAUUGUCCCAUGACAGUUGAGCACCAGUAAGCUUUUAUCCCCACAAAGUGAGGAGGCCUCAGCUCUACGUUCCUUCACCCCCGGGGGCAUCAGGAAGUAUUAGGCUUCUCUUUUGGAUGAAUUGUGUUGUCGUGACAGACGUGGGGAGCAUAACAAACUACUUCUCUUCUUUCAUUGCCAUCAUUUAAUCCAUUCUGUCUCUGUAUUGCAUCCUCACAUGACUGCAGGUGUGUGUUCUGGGACCAGAGUGUUUCAGCUCUGCUCCUCUUCCUCUGUCUCCGUCAGUCUGUUCCAAACCAACCAUCAGAGCUGAAUGAAGAACAUCACGUUACCUGUCUGAAUGUGUUAGUCCUCUCAGUUUAGUGUCCUGUUUAACCUCAAAUUACAAAUACAAUCCCAGCAGUCUGUAGGUCCUACUAGGCCACAAAGAGAUGUUUCCUACUCAGUCAGUUUGGGCUGGGCCCGAAAAGCUUGCACAUACUGUACACCCAUUACAGAGAAAUUGCAAUAAUACAGAAACAUGUUGUGACUGUGAGGAAUGUAAAGUGAAGAACAGGCUAGAGGUAGCCAUGGUGUUCGAUUUUCUUUUUCUUCGUAUAUAACUGAGCCAUGCUCCUCUUUUAUCGUUGCUGGUGUGGUUGGUUUGAAUUAUUCACAUUACCAGUAUGUAGACAUGAAUUAACUGUUUUCGAAUACAAUGUACUUUAGGAGCACAUUGGGCUGCAGAGCUGAAUGUUUACACACACACACACACACACACACACACACACACACACACACACACACACACACACACACACACACACUACUGGGAGUUCAGUUUUAUUUAUGUAUUUAUUUAUUUAAAUGACUACAGAUGUUUUUAACCUAACUUGCAUGUCUCCCGAUCCUGCAGUGUCAAGUAAGUUGAUCCUCGUGAGUAUGUUACAGAAAUAUGACGGUGAAAUGCCCUCAACAACCGCACUGACACAUGGCCAUGGUAGAUGGCUAAACCACGGACAGUUUUCUUUUUCUUUUUUUUUACAUUUUAUCUUCGGCUCUGACAUUAUGGCCGCCACUUAUUCUGUUUACCUCGGCCUGAAUUAUCAGAUGGGAUAGCAGUUACAUGUCCUGCAGCAGAUAACAGGAUCCUUUUAGUAUUGAUUUACACAACUGCAGGCUUUUUAGGAUCGUCACACUGCUGGUUUUGUAUUUGCUAAGAGCUGCUGGGUAGAUGGAAGUAGAGGAAGUGAGUGUAAAUUAUUCUUCUUUCUUCCGUGUGCUUUUUUUUAGCACCUUUGUUGGAUCGCUUUCCAAACGAUUUUAACUCGCCCCGUUUAUGAUUUCAUGACUGACCUGCGCUAAGACUCAGAUUUGAAUAAUGUGAGAAGGGGUAUUCUUUUUUUUUUUAAUAAUAAAAUAUAUUUUGUAUUGUAUGUAUGCAGUAUGUCUCUGACUGGCACUGUGUGGUUGGUCUUGUGAACAUUAUGACCGAGACAGAGAUUUUUCAUCUUACUCCAUCAAAAGACACCAUUACCUCUGCUUCUACAGCUCCUUUUGUCUUUACAUAUCUUUACCCACCAACGUCACCUCUGACCUCCAUUGCACGACUUUCCGUAACUGUGAACAAAAGUUGAAUAUGCCUGCGUUUAUUAACCACUCUAACAUGUUCUCAUUAGAAGCUAAAAGUGCUUAUCACUCUCCACGCCUGCUUUCCCGACUAGCUAAUUAUUUUUAUUGUGCAUCUUCACUCUCAUUGUACGCUCUAGUCUUUUAAUCACUUGUCAUUGCUCUUUGACUUCGGUUUUGCCCCACCUUGAAUGAUACUUGUGGUUUGUGAGGAGAAGAUUAUGAAUCUAUGAAUAAAGGGAACGCAGCAAAGAUGGUUAAAUUAGGAACACUAUAAUUGUGAUUCUGUUCCACAAACCAAGCAAAUCAUGAGGUUUUUUUUACCCUUUUUGAAUCUGUAUGAUCUUACGUUUGUGUGUGUAAACCCGUAUGCAUGUGAGAAUUAUUUGUUGAUCUCAUGUAUGUGUGUCUGUGCUGUGAGACUACUUUGAAUUGACUUACCCCGAAACGCAGCGAGUAGGGAGAAUGUCCUCGGAAAGAAGUUCUAGGAGCUCAGUGUGCACUUUGUAUAACUCCUCAUGCCUUUUUGUUUUUCUACCUUAAGCGUCAAGUGCUAUCUUUUUUCUCUCUCUGAUUACUCUGAAGAGCUGCAGAGUAUUUUGGAGCAACAGUGAGUUACUACAAAACUGUAGUGCCAUUAGAAACUGUGAAUUUCUAAAUAAAACCUUUUUUGUUGUCUUUCA